CCAAUCUCACAUGCGAAGGACAGUGAUUGUCUUUUUCCUUGCUCACAAGGCACACUGUAGUCUAUCUCCGAGAGAGAAACCGAAUCGGCACCUAUCCGAAUUAUUUGUUUGAUUCGUCUCGCUUUGGUUGUUUUGUAUUGCCUGUCUUUAUUCGGGAUUUGCUGUGAACAUUGCCAUUUAUUCUCAUCCUGGGUCGCUUACUGUACUUUGUCUGCUGCGCCUUUACACGUUGUUUUAUCGUUUCUAGUGGAAAAUGAGUAGUCUUUCGAAUAGUCUUCUUCUUAAAUGAUAUUUUGACAUUGGUGAAUAGUGCUCUUUCCUAUCCCGGACUGGACCAAUGCGUAGCCCGUGCCCAGCGGAUCCACGACAGCUCCGUUUCUCACACAGCAGAGUUCACGCUCAAUGGCCGGACCGAUGUGCGCCAGCAGACCCCGCCAACAUACACCUCUGAUGGAUCAUUUAUCUACCGUUUUCGAGCUUCUUUCCAGACCCUUGCACUUCCUUUAUACCGUGUAUUGUGCGUAAAGCCUUGGGGUCGGAGCUGUAGAGCGAAAGCAAUUGAGAUAAUGCCGCUUUCCCAACUCGACCGUUGGUCUGAACCGAGUCGACCUGUUUUACCUGGGCGCAUGCGGAGAAUCCUCUCGUUCUGAACCACAAAAGAAGCCUGCCGUCUGGAUUUCUAUGUGGUUGGAAAUACAAAAGUUGAACACUGAAACAUUUAGUCUACUCAAGACGGCAAGAAGUGAAGAUGGUUACGUGUUCAACGUGUAUUUAAUUAAAGUGGCAUCCAGCGUGAUAAACAUAAUCAGUGAUGUAGUGAGUCUUUUCAUAUGCGUGCUCAUCAUUUGCAGUAAAUACUCGCAACUGCUCAAACAGGGGACUAUGAAGAUGAUACUCUUCCGUAAAUUCCGAGUUUUGAUUCUCAUGGUGUUUCUAAUCGCCUGUUCGAUGCACAUCAUGAUAGACUUGUUACCAAAGCUGGAGAGGCGCAGCAACAGCGGCUGCUCCUGCUCGCACAAGCCGAGCGAGGACCCUCAGAACUGGGCUAAACACCGAGCUAGGUCGGGAGCGGAGUCAGGCUGGCCUAACAAACACACGCUGAGAAUCCUCCAGGACUUCAGCAAUGAGCCAAACUCUAACAUCUCUUCCCAUUCUCUGGAGAAGAACACCAAAGCGGGAAACAAAACGGAAGCCUUUAAACGGAUUGAACAUUAUGCACAAAAUGGUGACAAAAAGAGACGGUUCAUACACGACACUGUGGUCACCAAAAACAUACCUGUCAAGAGUUCAAGGUUGCUGGCUCUGUUUGACCACCCGUUAUUCAAGAGAGCCUUACCGUCUCUGACCGACGAAGACACCUUGUUCAACGUCAACACAGACAUCAGAUUUGACCCCAACGCCGCCACAGAGAAUCAGGAAUGGCCCGCUGAAGGGAACAUGGAGGAGUACACUCCAACAGGAGGAGAGCUGACGGCUGACUCCUACCCCAACUGGCUCCGCUUCCACAUAGGGAUUAAUCGAUAUGAGCUCUACUCCAGACAUAACCUAGUCAUCGAUGCCCUCCUCAGGGACUUGGUCUCACAGAGAAUCACCAGCGUCGCCAUGAAGUCUGGAGGCACCCAACUGAAACUGAUCAUGACGUUCCAGAACUAUGGACAGGCUCUGUUCAAACCUAUGAAGCAGACCCGGGAGCAGGAGACGCCCCCUGACUUCUUCUACUUCUCGGACUUUGAGAGACACAAUGCUGAAAUCGCUGCCUUUCAUCUGGACAGAAUCCUGGACUUCCGUCGUGUCCCUCCUGUAGCAGGCAGAUUGCUGAAUAUGACUAAAGAGAUCAAAGAUAUGACCAGGGACAAGAAGCUGUGGAAAACCUUCUUCAUAUCACCAGCCAACAACAUCUGUUUCUAUGGGGAGUGUUCGUACUACUGCUCUACGGAGCAUGCUCUGUGCGGUAAGCCGGACCAGAUCGAGGGUUCCCUGGCCGCCUUCCUCCCAGACCUGGCCUUGGCAAAACGUAAGACCUGGAGAAACCCCUGGAGACGAUCCUACCACAAACGCAAGAAAGCCGAGUGGGAAGUGGACCCUGACUACUGUGAAGAGGUGAAACAGACUCCGCCCUAUGACAGCGGCACCCGUCUGCUGGACAUCAUGGACAUGACCAUCUUUGACUUCCUCAUGGGCAACAUGGAUCGUCAUCACUAUGAGACAUUUGAGAAGUUUGGCAAUGAGAGCUUCAUAAUCCACCUGGACAACGGGAGAGGGUUUGGAAAGCAUUCCCAUGAUGAGGUGUCUAUCCUGGUGCCUUUAAGCCAAUGUUGCAGAGUGAGGAAGUCGACCCACCUGCGUCUGCAGCUGCUGGCCAAGGAGGAGUACCAGCUGAGUGAUCUGAUGUCUGAGUCUCUGCUGAGGGACAAACUGAUCCCCAUCCUCAUCCAGCCUCACCUGGAGGCGAUGGACAGACGCCUACGCCACACACUCAACGUCCUGGCAGACUGCAUCGAGAAGGAGGGCUAUAGUAAUGUUGUGGAGGAUGACCUGGCGAGUGAGAGGAAGGGGGCUCAGAUGCACACAUCACCCAGGGGGAGGUAGCUGGGAGGCCUGAACUGUUCUGGAAUGGACCAGACUGGAUUGGACCGGAUCAAACCGUAUGGAACUAGAGUCAAUCAGACUGAACUGGAUUGAACUGGACCAGAUUAAACCGGACUGAACCAGUUUUGACCACCAUCCUCAUAGGCCCCUUAAAUAACAGUGUACACCUCCCAACCAAUCGAUCAUCUCCCACCACAGCACCACAGAUCAUGAAAGUCUUGCGAGAGCCGCUUGUCUUGUUCAGGAGACAUUUUUGAAUUCAGUGAAUUCCAAGACUGGUAUUAUUCCUUCUGCUGUCAACUGAAUAUUGUGUUUUUACACAUUGUUGGAACCUGUCGCAGGUGUGCAAACGAUAUGCGUAUUGGAGAUCGAUUCUGUGUCUUAAUGAACAAUUUAUUGCAAAAUGUUUUCUAACUUCUGUUGCUCUUUUACAUUGUAUUUUGUAUUAAUUUAAGGGAUAUUUCAUUGGAGGGUUUACUGCAAAAUGUGUCUUCUGCUUUUCAUCUUUCAAAUGCUUCCUGUCCCGAGAGUAUUUAUUGCAUUUCAUAUUAAUUGUUUGAAAUAAAUGAGACCCAAAUCAUUUUUCUAUCAAUAGGACUGGGGGCUCGAGUCAAUCUGUAUCGCUGAAACUCUCGAGUGGUGCAGCGGUCUAAGGCACUGCAUCUCAGAGCUAGAGGCAUCAUUACAGACUCUGGUUUGAUUCCAGGCUGUAUCACAACCGGCCGUGAUUGGGAGUCCCAUAGGGCGGCGCACAAUUGGCCCAGUGUUGGCCGGGGUAGGCUGUCAUUGUAAAUAAGAAUUUGUUCUUAACUUGCCUAGUUAAAUAAUGGUUAAAUAAAUACAUGCUCUAGAAAUAUAAAGUUAAUGUCCUAUUGAGCCGACAUUUGCAGCGUUUACCAUGAAUGCAGUUUCUGCUAAUGUGGGAACAUGGCCUUUAAAUUUCAAGCACACAGUAACACUGAACUUCCGCUAUACAGAUCAAAUACAGCCCUGAGUGGUCAGGAGACCAAGAGGGAGUGAGAGAGACUACAGAUGUGCAGUCCUUAGUUGGUCAAGUAGAGGGCAGCUCUAGUGCAUUAAAAUAGUGGUCUGCAGGUCAGCUCUUUGUUCACCUGCACCUGCCCACAAUUGCUAAUAACCCCCAUCUGCAACCGCCCAACUAUGCUGUAGUGCAGUUUUUUUUUUAUAGCAAAUAUGUUUCUGCUUAUAAUUACCGACAUUUCGGUAGGCUAUUUGUUAGUCAACUUGUCUAUAAUAAGACUAUAUACAUGCUGCUUCUCUUUUGUCAUUAUAUGUUGACCUAGAAGACUAAAAUAAACCCUUGCUCACCAGAAUAAUUUCAUAAAUUGAUAGAAGCAUUCAUUCUAUCUAUUGUAGUUGACAUCAGUAAACUUUUCUUUGUCGUCUCUAUUUCUUUCCCGAAGCAAAGACGUUUAGGGACUGGGGAGAAAAUGCAACAACAAAAAAUGAACAGGAAAGAUUUUCUGUGUAAAAUGUCCAAAAUUAUAUCAGUUUGACCAUUUGUAAGGAAAUAGAAAGCUGUAAAAAUGAGCCAAGAUGUUUCUGAUAAGAUUUCAGGUCGGCUUGGAUACAUACUUUAUGUGGUUUCACAGGAGGCUGCUGAGGGGAGAAGGGUGUAUGAUAACACUGUGAAUGGCAAUUUAGGUGCCACCAACCUCCUGUGGUUGAAAUGCUAGGCCUAUCAGCUUUUAGGAUGCUAAUAAAAAUAGCACCUCAACAGAAGGUCCCUAACUGCAGAUUCGGAUUCUCUCAAGAUGCUCUAAGAAAUCAAUCAUAUUUCUCCACCCCUGUUUCCGAGUCAAAAUGUAGGAUACAUUUGAAUUUGGUGUAUUAUUUUACUGCAAGAAAUGCUUCAUUCUGCAGGAGUUAAUAUUAAGGCUUUAUAAGAGGUUAUAGACCUACAGUCAGUGUCCAGAUUUCACUUUCCAUUUAACCCAUCUGAACAGUAGGCUAUAGUUAAAUUGACUUGUCCUGGUCUUGUGACUGUUGAAUUUGUAUGCACGCCUUGAGUGGGCUCCCGAGUGGCACAGCGGUCUAAUGCACUGCAUCUCAGUGGUAGAGGCGUCACUACAGACCCUUGUUUGAUUCCAGGCUGUAUCACAACCAGCUGUGAUUGGGCAACGCACAAUUGGCCCAGCGUCAGCUGGGAUGUUCUUUACUGACUUGCCUUGUUAAAUAAAGGUUCAAUCAAAUGUAAAGAAUCAUCACACAUAACAUAGCCGGCACACUCCUUUACCACUUAAACAACUCUCCAUUUCGCAGCUUUUAUUUUAUUGAAUUAAACUCCGACAUUAUCCUUUUUGCCUCGGUGGAUCGACUAACUUUUUCUGGCCGUUCCCAAAAGCAUUUGGCUAUUGGCUUGUAGGCUAUUUGGUGGGCAUACAGUUAGGCUCUAAAGCUUACGCAAUACGCACUAAUGCCAGAUAGCCUAAAAAGAAUGAAUGUAAAACCUCAAUGUAGCCGGUAGAUAUACAUUGCACAAGAAUGAUACAUUUAUGGAUCUUUGUAUGCAUUGUUUCCUCAUUAUUCAACCUGCUCGCCACCCACCCCUCCUUCAUCCACACAAUAGGAUGACCCUCAAACCCGCUCGCUCCGCAGAUACUUUUGUAUAUAUAUAUAUAUAUAUAUAUAUAUAUAGUGUAUGUGGACACCCCUUCAAAUUAGUGCGUUCAUCUAUUUCAGCCAACAUCGAGCACACCGCCAUGCAAUCUCCAUAGACAAACAUUGCCAGUAGAUUGGCCUUACUGAAGAGCUCAGUGACUUUCAAUGUUGCACCGUCAUAAGAUGCCACCUUUCCAACAAGUCAGUUUGUCAAAUUUCUGUCCUGCUAGAGCUGCCCCGGUCAAUUGUAAGUGAUGUUAUUGUGAAGUGGAAAUGUCUAGGAGCAACAAAGGCUCAGCCACAAAGUGGCAGGCUUCACCAUCUGGCAAUCCGACUGACGAAUCUAGGUUUGGCAGAUGCCAGGAGAACGCUACUUGCCCCAAUGCAUAAUGCUAACUGGGGCUGUUUUUCAUGGUUCGGGCUAGGCCCCUUAGUUCCAGUGAAGGGAAAUCCUAACGCUACAGCAUACAAUGACAUCCUAGACGAUUCUGUGCUUCCAAUUUAGUGGCAACAGUUUGGGGAAGGCCCUUUCGGGUUUGAAUGACAAGAAUGAAUCAGAUUCAAAGUGAUUCACACUACAGAAUAUUUUCCAUUGUACUUUUCUCUUAUUUUUCUUUGGCCCGUAGAUUAUUUUUAUUUGAGGAUGAAUUUAAGAUGAAAGUUUAGUCAGUCCUCAAUUUUGGUACUAAGAAGCCAAAUGUGACACCAAGACUUUUGUAGGAUGAAUAUUCCUUUAGGGUGUGAUUGUAUGUAUGUAUGAUGUCCAGAUGUCAAUGUUGUCUACAGAUAUGCAGGAUGUACAUUUCUUAACUUUCCAACUGCAGAUCUGCUUUGCUGGAGAAAACAUUUCAGUUACUGUUACUGAAAGUUCAUAUAUAUACAGUAGAUAAACCUAGUGCCUGUGCAAUGAUAGAAAUACUUGAAUGUUUGGGAUCAUGACUGAAAGGGUAUUUAUGGGAAAUAUUAUUUCCUGGUCAGAAGCUAUAUACAGUAUACGUGUUUCCAUACUUCUGUCUGUGUUGAUACUUUAUGUAUAGACGGAGGUAUGGACACCAUUAGAGGCUGUGGUUCUGACUGCAGCUAAAAUGCUUAUUUUUCAUCUGUUCAUUGUUUCUGUGGAGAUUUGUUUGCAACAUCGUAACGGUGCAAUAAAACAAAAUGUGCAUUUAAA